AAGUCAAGCGGAUCCCCGGAAACACUUGUCUGCAUUCUAUCUGUUCGAGGUUCAAAACAGACUUCCACAUGACCGCUGCAGCUAGAAUAAUGUCCAAGUUCCGUCUGGCCGUGGUCCAGCUGCAGGUGACCAGCGUCAAGGCGGACAACCUGAGCAGAGCCCGGCGGCUGGUGAAGCAGGCGGCGGGGCAGGGCAGCAGGGUGGUGCUGCUGCCGGAAUGCUUCAACUCUCCAUAUGGAACCAGCUUCUUCUCAGAUUAUGCAGAGAAGAUCCCAGGAGAGUCCACCCAGAUGCUGUCGGAGGCGGCUAAAGAGAACCAGGUGUAUUUAGUUGGAGGUAGGGAUGCAUCAGCUGACACUGAAAAAACAAACUAUUGUUCUUUGAUAUUAACAUUUCCUAAAAUGUUCACAGUUUAGGAUUGCUUUCCAAUUAAAAUAUAAACUUAGAGUAUAGCAGGAUUCAAAUCAUUCAACUAAAUAUUUAGGGAUGGAGUG